UCUGUGGUCGUGGUGGCCGCCACCCCGCUCGCUCCCAGCAAUCAAUCAACCUUGAAUCCCCAGCCUCCUCUCUCUUCCAUCUUCGUCGUCGUCAUAUUUUCCCUUCGCUCCUUGUCUGUCAACAGCAUUGUCUAUCCUAUCUAUCUACCUACCUACAUAGCAGAAUCCCUUCGUGCGAUAGUCAGGAAUUUGUCUCCGCGCUUGUUCCUGUUUUCUUUUUGCUGGUCGUUCCUUUUCCUUUCUUUCGCUUUUUCAUUGACCUGCCUGGAGUAUUUACUCCCGACUGAAACACUCUGGUCUCCGUAUUAUUUUUUCCACCUUCCACUCUGGGCGCAAUCACCCAACCCUCAUCUCCACUAUAGAAGAUGGGGACCUAUACCUUUCGAUGGCCGUAUAAUGCAAGCGAAGUGUAUGUGACGGGGACGUUUGACGACUGGGGCAAAACCGUCCGACUGGACCGCAAUGGGGAUGUGUUCGAGAAAGAGGUCGAGCUUCCGGCCACCGAUGAGAAGAUCCAGUAUAAGUUCGUCGUCGACGGUAUUUGGACCACUGAUAAUCGAGUCCCCGAAGAAGACGACGGUGAUAAUAACAUCAACAACGUGCUCUAUCCCGAUCAAAUCCAACAACCAUUACAGAACGGCAUGGCCGGUGUAACCCCCGAUUCAACUACCGCUGCUCUGGCGGCUGGAGUACCCAGGGAAUCCAGCAGCAAGGCCAAUGGCUACCACCCUAUCUUCUCGUCUGCAGCACCCGGUUCGACAACUGCCAAACUUGGACAGGAAGUCCCCUUGGAACAACGGGCAACCGUGCCAGGAUCAUAUCCAGUCACCCCGGGAGGCACUCCCGGCGGUGAGGCUGAACAGUUCUCCGUGAACCCCAUCCCUGCAUCCAGUGGUAUUGGCAACCCCAUCAAGUUGGUUCCUGGGGAGAAGGUGCCUGACUCUAGCACCUUCAACCCCAACACGAUCCAGUCCACCGCACGUUUCGACAGGGGUGCGUAUGAGCGAGGCGCCAGUCUGCCUGGGGCCGGAGAAUCGUUGCAAGACGGCAGCGCUUUCUCCCUUCCACCUGUGACGAAGAACACCAUUCCCGAGUCAAGCUUGCCCAUGGGCGGCGAUGCGACCCAGGAUGCCAGAGAUCCAGGAUAUACGAUCCAGUCGGCUGCACCCACCUCGACUACGGCUGCCCUUGCUGCUGCAGUGCCCCUUGAGUCUCAGAGGCCGAAACGGUCGACAGGUGGAUCUCCCUCGGAGGAGCUCCCGGAUGUGGUGAAGGAGUCACUUGAGAAGGCCCACCAACACCCUGAAUGGGCUGCCAACGAAGAGGUCGUCGAGGAGAAGAAAGAAGUGGAAGAAGAGCUUCAGCAGAAAAUCAGCGUGAACAACUCUGUUGGCCCCCCUGCGCCUGCGCUCAGUGCCGCCACUACGGAGACUGCCCCCCGGCCUACUGGUGCGGCUGCUCCUUCAAGCCAGCUCUCUUCCAAAGCAAAGGGUCCUACUGAUGGACCAGUGGUAACUACGGGUGUCGAUUCUGCGAAGGCCCCGAAGGAGUCGGGUCCCGGCCCUGUCCAGAACACCUCUACCGCUGUUUCUACAGCUGGUGCUGUCGCUGCUUCGGACCAGCUCUCCCCCAAGGAAUACGAGCCAGCCGAACCGGUGGUGACCACGGGGGUCGGUUCUGCCAAAGCCCCGGAGAAGUCGGGCUCCGGUCCAGUCCACGACACUUCUGCUUCGGUUCCUACCGCCGGUGUUACUGGCUCUAGCGCUACCAAGACCGCAGACUCCGCGGUCGAUGGCGGCUCGACUGCUGCAGCUGGCGAUGGUUCUACCUCCGCUCCCACAGCGGGGGUCACUGGUUCCAGCGCGACCAAGACUGCCGACGACCUGGACACCAGCAAGCCGGUAGAGUCCAAGAAGCUUGCCCAACCCAGCAAGUCCACCACAGACGACGCUGUGUCUGCCCCUGCUGCUGGUGCCACCGGCGCUAGUGCUACCAAGACAUCCGACCCAACCCCAGCCACCGCCAACACCAACAAGGAUGCUUCCGCGCCUGCACAGAAGAUUGAUGCUCCCACCAGUACCAACGACAACAACACCAGUGCCUCCGCAAGCAAACCUACCAACAACAACGCUGCGACCGGCGCGGCAACCAACGGCAAGGCAGAGUCGAAGAAAAAGAAGAAGGGAUUCUUCUCUCGCCUCAAGGAGAAGUUGAAGCAUUGAUUACUACAUUGAUACGACAGACCCGGGAUACCAACGACAGUUGUUCUCGCUAAUGGUGUAUAAUGGGUGGAGGACUUUUUCUUUUGCGUGCUUUCUAUGAUUGAUUGUCUGGAUACCUUUUGUGUUCGUCCUUCUCGUUCGCUGCUUCAAAAUACCUUAGGUAGUUAGCACAUGGUUACGUAUAAUGAAUCGAUCGCUUGAUGAAUAAUGAG